AUGCUGGCAUGAGCACAAUGGGUAGUCCUUUCAGGGCCAAUCCAUUUUGUUCAUCUCCUGAUUUAUCAUCUGUAGCGAGUAUGGCAAGUCCAAUGAGUGGAAUUCCCCACAUGGGAAUGCGCUCACCAGGUCGUGGGGGGCAUUCCAGAGCUCAAAGUCCACACCCAUUAUACUCGCAUGCAAUGGGGCAUCUCAACCUUUCACCCAAUCAGUUGUAUGCGCUGCAACUUCAGCAACAGCAACAACAGCAGCAGAUGCAACAACCAGAAAACCAAGAGUAUUUGUCCAAGUUGCGGCAUCAGCACUACCAAAGUCUCCUACACCAGUAUCAAAUGCACUGUUAUCAACUACAGCUCAUGGUACAACAGCAACAGCUCAUCCAACAGAUGCCUCUAACAGCAGAACAACAGCACAUCUUAGCAGAACAUUACAAUCAACUCCUUUAUCAGUACCAGUGUGCGCACAUUUUUCAGCAGUUAGCAGCCGUCACCCAAGAGGAGCAAUUAUCAAUGUUUCACCCCAUCAAUGAAGGUGACAUCCGCACACUUCCAGAGAGGAUCCAGCAGCAGCUGCGAGAAGAUCAGGAACGUCAGAAGGUGGAGCUGCAGAAUCUGAUGCCCAAACUAGAGCCAGAGCAGCUGCAGACAUUCUUCACUUGUCUUCAGCAGCAGAGCAUGACAGCCAAGCAGAUAGAGCAGCUUUACACUGCACUGUUACAACAGCAGGAAGCACAGAGGAGACCAGCACAAGCACAGAGGGAGCAGUCAGAGGAUGAACAACAAGAACAGAAACUACAGCAGUAUCUCCGACAAAAUCAGGAGCAGUUACAGAAAUUCCUCCAGUUGCCAAAAUCGCCAUCCUUUAUGCAAGACCUCAAACCCAAAGAGGAACCUAAACAGGAAGCUGCUUGUAGCAGCUCUUCACCUCAACAGAACUCCUCACCCUCGCCUUCCUUCUCUCCCUCGCCAAAUUCAUCCUUCAUCGUCCAUCACUUACCCAGUCCGCCUGCCACAGUUUCUUCAUCUAACGUGGCCAGCGACGACAAACCCGAAAGUGACCCAUGUGUUGGGUCAUCCACUUCAGAAAGCCCAAGACAUCAACCAAGCCAAAGCGUUGAUGAGAUCGAAUUGACAUCACCGACUCCUGAAGGACAGACGCUCAUUGAACAACUAUUACAACAUCACAAGAAGUCUAUUGAGGAAAGCAGACAAGGCCCAUCAGCUAAGGCAAGGAAAUCCAAAGCUUCGUCUGAAGAAAAGAGAAGCAAGAGGCAAAGGAAACCCACGGAAUUAAAUACCAGCAUCCAAAACAAAGAUGAUGAUGUUGAGAAAAAAGAUAGCAAGAAGGCAAAAACGUCUCCAGUUCCUGCUUCAUCUACAGAAGCUGUUUCAAGUGCAAUUUCAUCUUCAUCAGCAUUCAGUUCUUCCAGCAAGCAAGAUAACUUAAACUCUUCUUCUACGCAAACUUCCUCUGAAAACAAGAACAAGCCUGAUAUUGAUAAUACCCUUAGAAGAAAUUUGGGCAUUGUUGAUUCGCCUCCUGUAAAGGAGAAAAAUCAAGGUAAAGCUGAGAGUGAGUUAGCAGAGAUCCUCAAAAAUACAGAUAAGACGUCUUUAAAGGCACCAGAUCAAAGACCUACCGCCGUGAAAGAAGACAGUGUUGAUACGAUGGCACCAAAUGUGCCAUCGGGGGAUGAAAAGAAGGAAGCUUCUCUCGAGGGAGCUGCACCAUGGAUCCCAGAGGAGGUAACUUGUAAUGCUCCUGAGGAGCCUUGUGUUAGUGUCAAAGCUACUAAUUCGUCCAAAGCUUGUAAGGAUAGUCAAGGUGUAACUCAGAGGGGCCCAGAGAUGGUGCCAGUAAAGGGCGUAACAACCGAUGGUGACAAAAGUAAAGCUUUAUUGGGCACAGGGAAGCUUUCGUCCCAAACACAGGUGAAGGAAGGUCCCAACAUUCCUAAUUCAAAGUCCCCUGAUCAAAGGAAAGAACGGCCUCAACUAACAACAACUGUUAGAAGCGCGAAAAAGGCAACUGAAAAAAAGACUCCAAUUAAAGACCUUUUAAGAUCACCGGCUCUGAGUUUCUCCAAGAACAACCUUUCUGAGCAAGGUAUAAAGCUUUCUGUAAACAUCUUGGAAAAAAGUGACUCAGAGAGUGCGGCUUCCAAGACCAUGGAGGUCGCUACUCCCAUUGGUUUGCAGCAGAAACCAUCAUUGAGUUCAGGAGUUAGGCCAGUGAUCUCAACAAACUGUUUCUCCCUUUUGUCUUCGAAUACUGCUGAACACAAUGGAGAGAUUUUUACUGGCGAAGGGCUGAAAACAUACUCGAAAAGAUCCACUGCAAAUAAAAGGAAAUCUGUCUCUAAGGAGAGUUCUGAGGGAGAUGCUUCUACUGUCAGUAAAGUUUUAAAGACGGACAACAAGAAAUCCUCUGAGGUUGACCACGUAAAAAAUGGUAUUGACGAAAACGGUAAAAUAGAGCUGACCAAGAGAUUGAACAAAAAGUUGUCAAAUUCACAACUUGAGGAACAAACUAUACAUCGGCUGCCACAAAACUCUGUGGUACCGGCGGAAAGGGGCAAAGCUUCCAGAAAGAAGUCAACUGACGAAGGCAAGGUGCAGUCGAAGAAGGUAAAAUGCGAAGAAAACAAAUCUAACAACGGAAGUGCUGACACAAUUCAACAAAAGCCGUUUACAAGGCUAGAACUGAAAAAUAUUGUCAAUACAAGAACAGAGGGGGACAGUCCUGUGGAUUCUGUGAGUUUCGUGGCUGAUCAAGUAGUUAAAGAAGUAUCGAUUAACCACAGUCCGACCAUGAAAGAUAUGCCUGGUAAUCUGUUUGAGGCUGGUGAAGCGAACGCUCCGAGACUGAGUAGCAGGAGCAAAGAGAGGAUCAGAGAGAUAACGAGUAAGAAAAAGGAACUGAAGGCAAAGGAGGAAAAGAGAAGGGAGAAGAAAAGGGCAAAGGCCUCUGAAGGCUUACCAACUGUGGCAAACAAAGAACCAGAAACAACGGAUAGUCUUGAAACAGUGGUGGACUCCGUGCUGGAUGAAGAAAUUCCUGUCAUCUACAAGGGCGAAGAAGACCAAGAAAAGCUAAGUUUGGCUGCGGCUGAAACUAAGACAGAAGAUGAGACAACAAGUAGUGAAAUCAAAACUGACGAGAAGUCAGCGAAGAAGACAGCGAAAAAGGAGUCUACCACAGGUCGUGGCCGAGGGAGGCCAAAGAAAAAAGAAACGAACCACAGUGAAAGUGAUGGCGAUGCAGUCUCGCCAAAUUCAGAGCAGUUCUUUUUGCAGGACCGUGUUUGUGCCAGCUUACCUGGCUUACCAAAGUGUAGGGAUUGCCGGGAUGUUGUUGGCCAGAAGACAGGGUUAGAAUGUUGCAGAUUUAAUUCGUUCAGGAGGUUAAAGAAAAAGAAAAACGGUACCAUCUUAACUGCUGGAUUCCAGUUACCUGAAUAUGCAGCCGCUGAAGACUUCUUUCCUUGGGUGGCGCAUGACAAAGUUGAAAGGCUUGACAAGAAGACCUCUCUUUACAUCUUGAGUAAUGUUGGGGAUCAGUUUUGCUCAGUGAUGCAAGAAGAAAAGAAAGCAUUUGCGUUUGCUGCAACAGAUGGUAAGCGAGUGUCCGUCGCUUAUAAACGAGCAGUUCAAGGUGUAAGAGAGAUGUGCGAUGUGUGUGCGACCACCAUCUUCAACAUGCACUGGGUGUGUCACAGGUGUGGUUUUGGCGUGUGCCUGGAUUGUUACAACUUGCGCGUCCAGGAGAGAGAGCGACAGUCUGGCCUUGUUGGAAAGCGAGUGUUCGAGUUCAAAUGGGUUAUGUGCUGUCCGGGAAUUUGUCAUCAACCAAAGUACUUGUCAGUGGCUCAGAUUAUACCUAAGACAGUUUUGUCUGACCUUGGCGACGAACUGCAUAGAGCAAGAGACGUCUGGAGGAUUGGCAAAACAUGUCCUUGUAAGUCAGUUGGUGGCGAUGAGGACAACAAUGAAUCUGGUGCUAAAAUAACUGAACUUCCCAAUGAGGAUGGAAGCAAUGGCGUCACUGCUAGUGGGGAAGAAGCAAGUAAUUCCACUGUGACAACGGAAACCUCGUCUAUUGCUUCUUCAAACCAAACUGGUGGUGCAGCGGACAGCGAAUCUAGCUUUGAUGACGAUGUGAACCUGAUCUGCGAUGAAAAAUUAGGCGUAGAAUCACCGGCGGAUCACGAACAAGAGUGGCUAACCGAGGAAAAACGACGGAACCACUUCACCAAAAAGGCCGGAUUCGGUUUAGUUGAAGCCAAGCCGCAGAGAGAUAAGAAGGUCUCGUCGGGUUUGAGUCUUCUUAUGGAUUACAACUCAUCAGCGGAGGCCUCCCCUUGCGACUCGCCCGUCAAAGACGUUAAACCUGCGACUGGAAUGUUCAAUUUUUCCUUGGGCGGGGGUGGUCUCUGUGGUCUUGACCUGCUUGUGCUCGCUUGUGAGAGAAAUGGAGAGUAUUUUAACAGCAUCAGUUUGAACACUGAGAGCAAAAAGGAAGUAGAAAAACCAAAGCCAGCGCCACAGAGCAAGCAAGGAACCAAGGAGAUUAGAAAUGUUUCUGUCCCAGUUGCCACACCCAGUGAACCGACCAGUGCUGAGAGCUCGGUUGAGGUGCGACAGCAUACAGUGCCAUCCACCCCUGAUUCGUUGGAUGCCGAUGCUUGCGCGGGUGUACCACAUUCAUGGCUGUGUGAUGGCCGCUUGCUGAGACUACACGAUCCUAGGGCGCCUGGAAACAUAAAAGCGUUCGAGUCUCGAUGGAAAAAGGGCGAGCCUGUUCUGGUCAGCCAAGUGGACAAAUAUCUGAAUCUGGACAUCUGGACUCCAAAAUCAUUUGGCGAAGAGUUUGGCGAUGAAAUAUCCGAUGUGGUAAACUGUAGAAAUGGCGUGGUGGUGGAACGGUUUAAAGUUGGCGAUUUCUGGCAGGGUUUUGAGAGCAUAAAAGAUCGUCCUUUGGAUGGCAAUGGCGAACCGAUGUUAUUAAAACUCAAGCCACGUUUUUCUUUCUUGUCUACAGGCCUUGUUGGAAAGCGAGUGUUCGAGUUCAAAUGGGUUAUGUGCUGUCCGGGAAUUUGUCAUCAACCAAAGUACUUGUCAGUGGCUCAGAUUAUACCUAAGACAGUUUUGUCUGACCUUGGCGACGAACUGCAUAGAGCAAGAGACGUCUGGAGGAUUGGCAAAACAUGUCCUUGUAAGUCAGUUGGUGGCGAUGAGGACAACAAUGAAUCUGGUGCUAAAAUAACUGAACUUCCCAAUGAGGAUGGAAGCAAUGGCGUCACUGCUAGUGGGGAAGAAGCAAGUAAUUCCACUGUGACAACGGAAACCUCGUCUAUUGCUUCUUCAAACCAAACUGGUGGUGCAGCGGACAGCGAAUCUAGCUUUGAUGACGAUGUGAACCUGAUCUGCGAUGAAAAAUUAGGCGUAGAAUCACCGGCGGAUCACGAACAAGAGUGGCUAACCGAGGAAAAACGACGGAACCACUUCACCAAAAAGGCCGGAUUCGGUUUAGUUGAAGCCAAGCCGCAGAGAGAUAAGAAGGUCUCGUCGGGUUUGAGUCUUCUUAUGGAUUACAACUCAUCAGCGGAGGCCUCCCCUUGCGACUCGCCCGUCAAAGACGUUAAACCUGCGACUGGAAUGUUCAAUUUUUCCUUGGGCGGGGGUGGUCUCUGUGGUCUUGACCUGCUUGUGCUCGCUUGUGAGAGAAAUGGAGAGUAUUUUAACAGCAUCAGUUUGAACACUGAGAGCAAAAAGGAAGUAGAAAAACCAAAGCCAGCGCCACAGAGCAAGCAAGGAACCAAGGAGAUUAGAAAUGUUUCUGUCCCAGUUGCCACACCCAGUGAACCGACCAGUGCUGAGAGCUCGGUUGAGGUGCGACAGCAUACAGUGCCAUCCACCCCUGAUUCGUUGGAUGCCGAUGCUUGCGCGGGUGUACCACAUUCAUGGCUGUGUGAUGGCCGCUUGCUGAGACUACACGAUCCUAGGGCGCCUGGAAACAUAAAAGCGUUCGAGUCUCGAUGGAAAAAGGGCGAGCCUGUUCUGGUCAGCCAAGUGGACAAAUAUCUGAAUCUGGACAUCUGGACUCCAAAAUCAUUUGGCGAAGAGUUUGGCGAUGAAAUAUCCGAUGUGGUAAACUGUAGAAAUGGCGUGGUGGUGGAACGGUUUAAAGUUGGCGAUUUCUGGCAGGGUUUUGAGAGCAUAAAAGAUCGUCCUUUGGAUGGCAAUGGCGAACCGAUGUUAUUAAAACUCAAGGACUGGCCGCCCAAAGACGACUUCAGUGAAAAGUUACCGACCCGGUUUGAAGAUCUGAUGAACAAUGUGCCGUUACCAGAAUACACCAGACGGGACGGCUCAAGAAAUUUAGUUUCAAGGUUACCAGACUUCUUUGUCAAACCGGAUCUGGGCCCAAAGAUGUACAACGCAUAUGGUUCCGCGGCUUGUCCAAAGGAAGGCACGACGAACCUUCAUCUUGACAUGUCAGAUGCUGUCAACAUCAUGGUUUACGUCGGUGUUCCAAAAGAUCAAGGUGCUGGCGACAAAGAAAGACAAGACGCCAUAAAAGCAGUGGAUGAGGCUUGCGACGAAUCACAGAGAAGACGCGUGCGCCAAGAAACCGCCAGAAUAGGGGCUCUGUGGCACAUCUAUGCCGCUGAAGAUGCCGACAAAAUCAGGGACUGCCUCCGCGCGGUGGCCAAAGAACGUAAGAUGAAAUACUCCGCUCAUCAUGACCCGAUACAUGACCAGUGUUUUUAUCUGGAUCAUGACAUCAGGCAGCGGCUAAAGAAGGAGUAUGGAGUGGAGGGCUGGGCCAUCUGUCAGUGUUUAGGUGACUCUGUUUUCAUUCCAGCUGGAGCGCCUCAUCAGGUGCGAAAUCUGUAUAGCUGUGUGAAGGUGGCCGAGGACUUUGUGUCUCCCGAGCGUAUUGAUCACUGUUUCCGGAUGACUCAGGAGUUUCGUCACUUGUCAGACAAACACACAAACCAUGAGGACAAGCUUCAGGUGAAAAACAUCAUCUACCAUGCCGUCAAGGACGCGCUCAACUCGCUUAAACAUUACGAACGCGAGCAAAGCUCAACCGAGGGACGGAUGGAAAAUGAUGCAGUACUCUGAACCGUGCUCAUGGAAUUCUGUUUUGUUAUUUAGUCAAAAACUGGUUACUAAGCAACAUUACUGACCAAAUUACCGCGAUUGUGGGCUCUAUUUUUCAGUGUGAUGUGUCCACUAGUUCAAUAUAAACAAGUAAUUGUCUUUUUUUUAAAGAAAUUUUCAUCAUACAUCUACGUUUAAUCCAAGCAUGAUUAUUUUAUCCACAGAAAGCACCAAACAUUAGGUUUUAGUGCGAUUUAUAGAAUAUAAUCAGAGUAUAUUGUCUAAUGUCUGAAAUCAAAGUAUUGCCGUUGAGCCAUUAGUGUUUUUUUCUGCCCUACUUGAGAGUGUUUGUCGGAGAUUUAGUUGUAACUAUUGUAUAGAAAAGCUCGAAGAACUCCAAGUAAUAGAUUUGUAUCGUGUUUCUGUCAUACUGUACAGUGCAACACGUGAAACAAAGUAAAAACGGGGUUCAGGUUUUUUCGCCGAGAACUUUUACCGCGAUAUAGCAUCUAAACAUGUAGAUAUUAUUUCAUAGUGUGAACCAAUCAAAUAAUGAUUUUCUUUCAUACUGCUACAGUAGCUUGUAAAGUCGUUUCUUUAAACCGUAAACGUCAUACUUAAUUACUAGUAGUCGGUUGAGUGUUAUUUUGAUCGUUGCAUUUCAUCAUUGUGUCAUUUUUAAUGGACAUUAUUUUCAGAAUCGUCUCUUUGACAGUGAGUUUGUGAUACACACGAGAUGAUCAAGUCGCCGGUUUACGGUGUUAAACCGUAGUGAAAUAGAAAUUAAAGGCUCCCAGAGAUUGCGAACAUUAUUUGAUGUCGACAGUAGUGAUGGGUUUAUACGCUAUUAGAGGAGUGUUAAGUGUUUUUAACUUUUCUAUUUAUUCUCGUGAUCAAGGUUGAGCAAACACUAAUGAAAACUCUCGAACUGAAUUCCAAGUUUUCUGGUAGCUGUGAGAACACCUGAUCGCAGAAGAUGGGUCUCAAUAUGGAAUCUUAGUUUUUUUUCACAGAACAUGGUUUUAUAGCGAGAUGAUGGCAGGGUGUAAAUAGCAUAACUAGAGCCUUCUUUGCAUUGGUUUGUAUAUUUUCUGCUUUGUUAUUCAACAUAAUAUGUAUUCAGCAGAUAUUUGACGUACAUUUUUUGGCUGCUCGAUAAUAAAGGUAUUUUUGUACGGA